UCCUCCGCCAUCUUUCCCGGGCGCCAGCAGCGUCCGCGGGGUGCCCAGCUCGGUGGCGGAAUUCUUGCGGGCCUUCCCGGGCAGCGACGCGGUGCCCGCUUCGGGCGGACACGGGCCCUUGCGGGAGGCACUGCACAGCUUCCCCGGGUUGUUGCUGCCCGGCCGGGUGCGUUCGGAAACCGUCUUCAGGAUACCGGUCCCUUAAACAUGUCACGCCACACAACUGAGUGGAGCAAUUCGAAGACCCGUAAGAAGCUUGUGAAAGCCAAUCCGCCAAGACAUCCUGGGCCAUUCAUGAAAGAAGAAUCCAAAGUUUAUGUUGGGAAUCUACCCCCGGAUAUCAAGGAGGAGGAAAUAGCCCGUUUAUUUAAGGAUUUUGGCUUGAAGUCAGUCAAGAAGUUCCAGGGGUCUGCUUCUAAAAGCUUUGCAGUUGUAGACUUGGCCACCCCCGAGGCCGUCCAGCUAGCCAUCCAUCAGCUGAAUGGAAACGCAGUGAACAAGAGGCAGAUAUUGGUGUCCGUUUGGGAGGACAGGAGGAGGCCCUUGAAGAGCAGCAGCAUGGAAAUGCCAGAGUUGGAACCCGUCCCCUUUGAAGAGCUUGGAUUAAAGCAUGCUCUUGCCCCGAAAUUCAGACCCCAGACCCCGCCACCUUUGCAACCGACGGUCCAGUAUGCCGUUCCCCUGGAAAUGAGGAGUUCCUUCCUGCUGCAUAUGCUGAAGGACUGUUUCCAGGACGUGGCCUGGCUGAACACCGUCCCCCAAGUCCACGGAGAAGUGGGGCUCCUGGUGACGGACGCCCUGCCCCAGACACCCUACUUCUGGGCGAUCCACCUCACGGAGGAACACCAUCAAAGCAUGCUGAAGCUCUUCACGGCCUUGGCGAAGGUUGAAUCUCAGGUGCCCUUUUUGGCAAAGCAGGACGUCCAGCGGGGAACGCGAUGCAUGGCAGAGUGCAUUCUGGGAAAUGAAGGCGGCGCCUGGAACAGGUGCUGGGUUCUGGAAAAGUUUGAGGAUCAAGCGGUGGUGUUCUUCGUCGAUUAUGGCCGCUCUGCCACCGUCCCCCUGAAUUCCCUGCGGAAGCUGGACAGUAACGAGUUCUGGAAGAUACACCCCUUGGCACAACCUUUCGUGCUUCAGGAAGAGUGUUUCCUGCCUCAAGUCGCGAUUCGACAAGUCCUGGAAGGCAGAGUGGCGGGCCUGUCGCAGAUGGAGCAAUGGAUCAGCAGCGGAGGUGUGAAUGUGGAGGGAGGUGUGCAGAGUGCUAAAGAACAAGGAAUGAAAGAUGCAGCCCCCAGGUCUGGGAGGGUAUAGCAGAAGCCUUUGGCAUCCCUGU